CUACGCAAAGCUUUCCUUCCUCCCCUCCCUUUCCUUCCCUUGCUUCCCCGGCCCGCACGAAACCUUCUCGAAGACGCCACAAAUCCAAGCUCCCAACUCCCAACGCAAUCCAUAAUCAGGCCUCAUCAGAUCCCCGCGUCCCUCUCCCAGGCUCCCAUCGGGUUCCGCUUCCAGACCCGAGUCAACUCGUCACGGCGCUGCUGCUCGAGGAUCUCAUCCCGGCGUGCCACUUCGCCGGUGGGCCGGCAGUAUCCCAAGAUGGCUUCUUCGAAUGGUGAGACUGAGCACCAAUGGAUAGAGAACAUUAAGUCCGGAGGAGCAGUUCCUUGUCUAGCACCUGAAAGCUGCCCUAAUGGCUGGGCUACUCCUCCCGGUGAUUCAUUCAUGGUCAGAGGCCCAGAAUAUCUUACAAAUAAGGUAAAAAUACCAGGUGGAGAAUCUCUUCUGAAGCCUCUUGGAUUUGAUUGGAUCAAGGGACCAGCAAAAAUCUGUGAGAUCCUGAAAGACAAGAACCAUCGUGUUAGGAAAGCCAUCGAUGAGGAGGUUUCACAUGGUAAACAGCAUUUUGUCUGGGCUUUCAACUUGCAACUGCCCAAGGAUAACUACAGCGCAAUAUUCUACUUUGUAUCACUGGAACCUGUGCCUGAAGGCUCGCUUAUGGAUCAAUUCUUGAAAGGCGAUGAUGCUUUCCGGAAGUCCAGGCUUAAGUUAAUCGCGAACAUCGUUAAGGGGCCCUGGAUUGUUCGAACUGCUGUGGGUGAACAAGCCAUCUGUAUAUUGGGGAGAGCUCUCACAUGCAAAUAUGUUCAAGGAUCAAAUUUCAUUGAAGUUGAUGUAGAUAUCGGGUCUUCUAUAGUUGCAAAUGCAAUUGUGCAUUUAGCAUUUGGUUAUAUUACAACGCUAACUGUAGAUUUAGCCUUUCUUAUUGAGAGUCAAACCGAAUCAGAGCUCCCUGAGAGACUUCUUGGAGCCGUAAGGUUCUCUGAGUUAAAUCCAGGAUCAGCUGGUCACUAUGAAAGGCAGUCUGAAGAGCAUCAGGAAAGCACUCAGUCUCGGUCAGUUGGAUUUUGGCAGGGUUUCUGGUCAAACAACCAAGGCAACCCAACGGAGCCAUCCCCUAGUUUACAGAAUACUAAUGGAAAUUUGCACAAAGAAGAAGCAAAUGAGAAUGCUAAAUGAUAUUAUUCGGACCCCUACUAGAAAAGAUCAAAACCAUAUCUUCAUUGUUUGGGGGUCAAUUUAUCAGCUCAUCACUCCUGUUACAAUUCUUCAGUAGGAUGAUCAGUAGCAGUCUAUCAGAUAGUCCCAGGGCUUUGUUUCUGUGCCCCUCUCAUCUGCUGUAAAAAUUAUACACUGGCGACAGACAAACUGCAUCACUCUGUACAUAAACUGAAUGCCUCCUAAAUGUUUUAUUCUCUCAUGGAAGAAUUGUACGAAGUUCAGGGGAAAAAAUGUUUCAUUCUACAGAAUAUGGUA